AAUUUGUUGAAGAUUCUAGUAAGCAAUCAGAUUCUACUAAAAGUUUACAAGCUGAUAAUGCAAGUAAUAACGGUAAUAAUUCCAUAAUGCCUCAAUUAAAAAAUCCCAAGAAACAUUAUGGAAGAGGAUGA